AUGAAGUGCACUGCAUUACUCGGCAUCUCUGUCGCCGGCUUCGCGGCUUCGGCUGCUGCCGCCACGGCAACCAAGAUGGGCGUCGAGCAGCCGUCGUCGCCCCCCAUCUACAUGCAGCCGGUCGUCCAGGGCUGCUUCUCGUCAUCCGGUGACCUCGUUUUCAACUCAUCCCAGCCUUUCAACUCGCGAGGCGCAUGUGGCGGGACCGUCUGCCAGGCCAUGGGCAAGGCCGUCGCCGCCUCCACCGAGGGCAGCAAGUGCUACUGUGGUGACAGCUACCCGCCCAACUCCACGCUCGUCGACGACAAGUACUGCAACGCGCCGUGCACAGGAUUCGGCCAAGACGCCUGCGGCGGCACUGGCUACUGGACUGUCUACAACACCGGUCUCGAGCUGUACGGUGUUCCCUACGCAAACGACUCUUCCUCGUCGUCCUCGUCGUCGUCUUCGUCCGCCACGACUGCUUCGACGACCAUGGUCGGCGGCCAGACCGUCUUCGUGACACAGACGAGCGAAUCUGAUAACAGCGGAUCGAAGAAGUCGAGCACCAACACGGCAGGCAUCGCUGCCGGAGCCGUUGUUGGCGUUGUUGCUGUGGCUGCUGCCGUGGGCGCCGGCUUCUUCAUUAUCCGCCGCCGCCGCAACCGCGCGAUCGAGGAGGAGUACCGCCGCAACGCUGCUGUCAACGCCUUCUUCAGCGGCGGCAGCGGCAAGGCAGAGAGCACGACGGGCAGCCACAGUAUCUCAGAUUCCCGGCUAGACCCCGUCAUGUCUCAGCGCCGCAUGAGCGACGGCAGCAUCGCCGACAACGAAGACUACUCCAGAAGGAUUCUCCGAGUACGUGUAACCCUUGCGAUGAUGCCGUGA